UCUGGUCUCGAGCCCGAUGAAAGAAGAUGGCUACCGUCGUACCACUGACUCGAACCUUGCUGAGGUCUUCCUUGACCCACACCGGUCGCCAGCUUUCUGCAGCUGCAGCCGGCAGUCAUGGCGAGCAGGCCGCUAGGACAUGGAAGAUUCUUAGCUUUGUGGUUGCCCUGCCUGGUGUUGCGGUGUGCAUGUUAAACAUGUACUUGAAAGAGCAGCAACACAGCCAUGAACAGCCAGAGUUCAUCCCUUACUCGCACCUCCGCAUUCGGAGCAAGCGGUUCCCCUGGGGAGAUGGCAAUAAAAGCCUCUUCCACAAUGCCCACGUGAAUGCCCUUCCUGGCGGCUAUGAAGGUCAUGAGGAAUAAUCCUCCUUCCGGACCUCAUAACUGGUGCAGGGACCAGUUUUCCCUCAGUAGGUUUUUCUUUCCAGGACCAUACACGCUCAUUUGCAGUUUACUCCUGUGUUUACUUCUGAACAUGAGGGACCUGAGCUGGCAGUUCUUUAAGCAAAAUGUCAUCUUAAAUAACUGAAAUAAAGUAACUUCAUUACCUCCUA